GGAAGUACUUUCAGGAAGUAGUUUGCUGCCUUGUUUGAGUGACAGCUGUGCCUUGGUGACAGCCCACACGGGACGGCAGCCCGCAGAGCCGAGCCGACACUCAAGAUGGCAGGUCUAUCUUUAUAUUUUGAAGAUGGCCAUGAUGAUUUGGAUGACUUUGGAUUUGAUGACUAUGGUUCAGAGUGUGACGGCAUCCGAAUCACAGCCUUCCUGGAUGCAGGACAAGACAACCUAACUCCUCUUGGUAGGCUAGAGAAGUAUGCCUUCAGUGAGAAUGUCUUUAACAGGCAAAUCGUGGCGCGUGGCCUGCUAGAUGUGCUUCGAGAGUUCAGUGACAAUGAAAAUGACUUUAUCAGUGUCAUGGAAACAGUUGCCAGAAUGUCAGAAGAUGGAGAGCCCACAGUGCGAGCUGAAUUGAUGGAGCAGGUCCCUAACAUAGCCAUGUUCCUGCAUGAGAGUCGGCCCAACUUUCCAGCAGCUUUUUCAAGAUACCUGGUACCGAUUGUAGUCCGGUAUCUGACAGAUCCAAAUAACCAGGUGCGGAAAACCAGCCAAGCAGCGCUGCUUGUCCUUUUGGAGCAGGGCCUUAUUUCUAAAGCCGACAUGGAGACCAAAGUUUGUCCAGUCCUGCUCGAUCUCACAGAACCCAGUAGUGAUGAUGACUACAAAAUCGAGGCAGUUGCUAUUAUGUGUAAAGUUGUCACAAUGUUGAGUAAAGACACAGUGGAACAUCUCCUUCUGCCUCGGUUCUGUGACCUGUGCAGUGACGCCAGACUCUUUCAAGUCCGUAAGGUCUGUGCAGCCAAUUUUGGAGAGUUUUGCUCAAUUGUGGGUCAGGAGGCCACAGAAAAACUAUUGAUGCCCAAGUUCUUCGAUCUGUGCUCUGACAGCUUGUGGGGCAUCAGAAAAGCCUGUGCAGAGUGUUUCAUGAUGGUCUCUAAUUCCACCUCACCAGAGGUGCGGCGUGUAAAGCUGUCCCCUUUGUUCAUCAGUCUUAUCAGUGACCAGUCCCGCUGGGUGCGUCAGGCUGCCUUUCAGUCUUUGGGCCGUUUCAUCUCCACCUUUGCCAACCCCUCCAGCACAGGCCUCCACUUCAGAGAGGAUGGAGCCCUGCUAGAGGUCCCCAGGUGUACAUCGGACAGCGACUGCUCCCUAAACUCCCUGAACUGCUCUGAAAUUAGCCCUCACUACACUGAAAGAACCAUCACUCACACACCUCCAAACCAGGACGGCCGUGCUACACCGUCCCCAGAAUAUGCGUUGACAGCUGACAGUGAGGAAAUGCACAACUUCGAUGACAGCCACACAUCUGUUACUGGAGAGACGCACAGAGGUUUCAGCCGCCCCAUCCUAAACAGCAAUGUCAGCCCCACGACUACAAACAACGCUAAGAACACAACAGAAACAGAGCAGACAGAUGAGAACUUUAAUUCUUUCCACUACUGGAGGUCUCCUUUACCUGAUAUUAGUGGGGAACUUGAGAUGCUAAAUUGUCAAAUGACAGAGGAAGUGAAAGACACAGAAGAAAAGCAAGAAGAAGAGCCUGAUGAUAAUUGUCCUGAUGCCAAGUCCAGCCCUGGUAAAUCUACUAGCGAUCAGAUCCAGAAGGUCUUGGACUGUUUGCAGCCACAUAUGGAUGAUCCUGAUGUACAAGCUCAAGUGCAGGUAUUGUCAGCAGCUCUCAAGGCAGCCCAGCUCGACAGUCCGUCAGACAACAGCCCGACAGAAACCCAACCAGUGGUGCAACCGGAGAGCGAUGCUGACAGCCCCUCUGUGGAGAGCAAAUCUAUGGAGGUUCAGUCCGAGAGCGAAGACAGUCCCACAGAAGAGGAGCAAAUCAUGGAGUCUCCUCCGGCCUCAGAAACAUGUCCAGUUCAAGAGCAAGGAGAUGAAGAGACGCAGACCGAGCCUGUAGAGUAUCAGGAACAGUCUCCACCCGACUCUCCAGUUCUAGAGUCAGAACUAAUCGAGAGUGUGGAAGAAGAGGGAAAAGAAGACUCGGCCCAUAGCCCGGUGUCUGAGGAUAAACCUAAGAUCCAGAAUGUUAUACCGCAGCAGCUGCUGGAUCAGUACCUCUCCAUGACGGACCCAGCACGAGCCCAGACGGUGGAUACAGAGAUCGCAAAACACUGUGCCUUCAGCCUGCCCGGGGUGGCUCUUACUCUGGGCCGACAGAACUGGCACUGCCUCAAGGAUACAUAUGAAACCCUCGCUACUGAUGUGCAGUGGAAGGUGCGUCGUACUCUGGCGUUCUCCAUCCAUGAGUUGGCGGUUAUCCUCGGUGACCAGCUGACGGCGGCUGACCUGGUGCCCAUUUUUAACGGGUUCCUCAAAGACCUGGAUGAGGUCCGCAUCGGUGUUCUCAAACACCUCUAUGACUUCCUCAAACUGCUACAUGCAGACAAGAGGAGAGAAUAUCUCUACCAGCUGCAGGAGUUUAUGGUGACGGACAACAGUCGCAAUUGGAGAUUCAGAUAUGAGCUUGCAGAGCAGCUGAUUUUGAUCAUUGAGUUGUACAGCCACUACGACGUGUAUGACUACCUCAGACAGAUAGCGCUCACUCUGUGCUCCGACAAAGUGUCAGAAGUCAGGUGGAUCUCGUACAAAUUGGUUGUUGAGAUCCUCCAGAAACUGUAUACAUGUGGUGCUGAUGACCUGGGUGUGAACUUCAUCAAUGAGCUCACCGUCAGGUUCUGUCACUGUCCCAAAUGGGUGGGACGGCAGGCCUUCGCCUUCAUCUGCCAGGCUGUCGUGGAGGAGGACUGCAUGCCCAUGGAGCAGUUCAGCCAGCACCUCCUGCCCAGUCUGCUCAGCCUCUCCUCAGACCCGGUGGCCAACGUCCGUGUUCUGGUGGCCAAGGCACUACGACAGAGUGUCAUGGAGAAAGCGUACUUCAAGGAGCCCAGCUGUGCCUACUCUGAUGAGCUGGAGGAGACUGUAAUGGCUUUACAGUCCGACAAGGACCGGGACGUGCGCUUCUUUGCGAGCUUGGACCCCAACAAAGGCCUGAUGGACACGGCUCCCUUGAUCUAGCCUCAGCCCCCAGACCCCGGCUGCUGCCCACCUGCCUGUCUAACUCAUCUGUCUGACUGACGCUCAGUCGGCGUAAGCGCAACACCAGCACCUGAACACAUCUCCCAGCCUCCUGCCCCCGCUGGGCAGACCUGCAGCAGCGACCGCUCACCUAUCACGUCAGACGUUCGCAUUAACGUAUCCAAACAUGCUCCAACGACAGGGCACUACAUAACGCACAUUACAUUCACAACACAAAAGGUAGACAGGUAGUUUUCUGAAAAUGAGCAGGACUCAGAGGGGAGCUUCACCACAGUGUGGAGCUGCCGUUAUUUUUUCGCUUGAACUUUUUCUCCUCCACACUAACAAACUCAAAAUUUCCCCAAAUCAGACUUUUAAAACUACAAUGGACUUCUCUCCAAAGCUAAUUGUAAGCUUGAUAUAAAAUUGCUGAAGAUUUUUUUUUUUCUUAAUGUUUCUUUUUUUGUGGAUUUCUUAACAAACAAGUGGGCAAGGCCCGCAAGACUCUGACAUGUGUGCACUAACUCAGGGGGACUCAUCUGAACCUAAACAGCAUUAGCUUACCACAUGAUAAGCAGCAGCUCCUGGACCACGGUGACAAAAACCAGCUGUCUGAGCAACAGACCAGCCAAAACCACGUAGCUCUGCUGGUGUCUCUCGCCUCAUUUCCCUCCUCGACGUCUAUGUCCUCGGAGAUGUCCUCUGGGUUAUCGUCUGCCCACCCCCCAUCCCCCUUUCUCUCUCCUUUCUCCUGUUCACUCUUUUUCUCUGCGUUUCCUCCACCCGGCCCACCGGGGCUUCUGAAACCACUACUGCUGCACAGACGAAACAGCGUGAUUUUAAACCAUAUGUAAACACCUCUGAAAGAUGACAUCAAUGAACUGUUGAUUGCUCCCCUUCCUUCUCCUUGUGUCUGUUUUUACCAAAAAUGUGACCCAACAUGUCUCCCAGACAGAAGGAGACUCAUGAAAUACCUCUGCUUGGACCUGACUGGCCAGUGUGUCAUACAUGGAAGAGGGACAGGCUCUGAUUGUCCUCCAUUUGGUUUUUAUGAACGUUUGAUUUUGUGGCGUUGACUAAAAACAUCUUAACAAGGCCUCAUGACAGAGUGACACAGGGUGACGUAAAACUCAGAGAAGAGGAAGAAAGCAAGCACACUGUUGGAAUAUGCAUGCCCCCCCUCCCUCCCUCCCUCCCUCCCCUUUGUGUAUAGUCUAAUUCCAGUUCCUUAAGGUUGACCUCCUGAUGUUGAAUUAUGUGACCAUGGUAGCUUUCAGUGGAUCUGACUGACCAGUUGUACAGUAGGACAUAGGAAACAGCCCAGAGCUCGAGACUGAAAGACCGCUGAUGGUUGUGUCCCUGUCUCGGUGGGAUGAUUAAAGUAUGAGUUUUCUCAAAAUGUUGCGACUCUUUGUACAGCUUAAACCUGUGGAAAUGGUAUGCGUUUUUAUGGAACCAAGGCCAGUUUAGUAGGGUUCUUACCCAUCGAGAUGUGUGUGAAUAUUGGGAGCAGUCACCAAGUCACUUUUUGUAGUCUUUUGAGCUUGUUUGUUUUCCUCUGUUGUAAAUGGUAACCCUUUUUUUUUUUUUUUUUUUUUUUGGAACAUAGACAUAACUUGAGACAGAAC